AUGGCGUCGCCAACGGUGACAGCGGCACUCCAAGAGGUUGAGCAUAGUUCGCCUACUGUCAAGACCAAUACCUACAACGCUCUCCUCGAUCAACUGACCACUGCGGCAAACGUACCGCCAGAGGAACACGGGGCUACCUUGAUCGUCUUCUUUGAUGCCGUCCUGUCUUCAUCGCUAGGUAUCAUCGUCAUUCGAAACAUCCUUGCCAACCUCAUCAAGUCACUUUCUCACGUCCCUCCCGAAGUCAAAGUCAAGGUCGGAAAGCACAUCGUAGAUUCUCUACAGUCACAACUGGCGUCGUACGAAGAACAGGAUGCGGCGGUGAGGGAGAUACUUGCAGAGGGCUACGAGGCGGAAGAGGAUUACAGUGAAGCUGCUAAAGCCUUACAAGGCAUUCACCUCGACUCAACCCAGCGUCAAGUGUCGGACCGGUCGAAAGUGGAAACAUGGGUGAGGAUUGUAAGAUACUUUCUCGAGGAUGACGAUACAGUGUCUGCAGAGUCCGCUCUCAACAAGAUCAAAAACUCGCCAGCUGCAGCACAGGUGUUGAAGGACGCUCCAGACUUGCGACUCCUGUAUCAAUUAUCGCAAGCACGAAUCAUGGACUCUCGUCGAGAUUUCUUGAACGCCUCGGCAGAAUAUCUCACUGUUUCUUUCAACAACAUGGCCGAUGAGGAAGACCGGAAACGAGCACUCUCUGCCGCAAUCAAGACUGCCAUCCUUGCACCUGCCGGUCCGCAACGCAGCCGUACAUUGGCAAAGCUCUACAAGGACGAGCGAUCACCAGAGAUCGAUGAAUAUGGCAUCUUAGAGAGUAUGUUUCUGGAUCGCCUGCUGUCGCAGGCAGAUGUGGAAGCCUUUGCUUCAACACUGGCUCCGCACCAGCUUGCCUUAACUGCCGACGGCAGUACGGUUCUGAGCAAGGCGGUUAUCGAACAUAACCUUCUUGCAGCCAGUCGGCUCUACGAAAACAUUACGACGGCCGCACUUGCAGAGAUACUCGGAUUGAAAGAUGGCAAUGAUGAGACAGCCGCCGAAAAAGCCGAAGAUUAUGCUGCGCGAAUGGUUGAACAGGGAAGACUGAGAGGCGAAAUUGAUCAGAUUGCUGGGGUCAUUGUUUUCGAGACUGCGCCUGGUGUUGAACUCCAUGGGUCAUCCCGAGAGCUACGCCAGUGGGAUCUCAAUGUUCAGGGAUUAGUUGAAGAUGUGGAACGUUGUGCUGCAGGCCUGAGUGAGACUCUUGCGGUGAGCGUGUAUUCGUAG